AUGAGUACAGAGGUAUGGACAGGUAACCAAGGUACACUGUGCGUCUAUGUGAGUAAGGCGAAGGAUCUGCCGAAUCUGAAUAAAUUGGACAAACAGAAUGUUAUGCUGCGGCUGCGAAUAGCGCAUAUGACUCGAGAAAGUGACGUUUUGCUGAGAGCUGGCCAAAAUCCAGUCUUCAAGUAUCUUGAGAAGUACGAGAUUACGCCUGAGGUGCGACCAAACAUGCAAGUUGAGGUCUAUUGCGACAGAAAGAAGAAGGCUCCCAUACUAAUUGGAAGAUGUGACGUGGAUCUUUUAAAUGGUAUCAGGGCUGACCCAAAGGAAGGCUACUGCAGUUGGUAUGAAUUGAAGAGAGAGAGAAAUGAGUUUGCAGGAACCAUAUUUAUCGAGUUGAGUUUCACGCCGAGUUUACCACAAUUUGAAGACGAAGCUCGCAGUGAAGAAGUACAAAGGUUAGAUGCAUCUAUGGCAGUAAGACCUGUGCCGCCUCUGCCUGGCGAUUUAUCGGCCUCUUUACUGCCUACAGGCAGCCAACAGGAGAGUUAUGGGGGCCGAUACAUGCAUGCAUCUGUAAUGAGAGAAGUUACGCCGCGUAUGAAUUCUUUCCAAGCUUCUACUUCCCUCGAAGCUCCGACCAAUUUCUCUUCCUCCAUUGGAACAAGCAAAAGUCUGGAUUCUCAAGAGACCACGGGAAGUGGAGGGACCACUACUUCUGAUACCAAAUUUCACUUUGCCAAUCUAAAGAAAUUGAGAGAACGAAUAAACGUUUUCAAGAAUCCCAAUAACUCUACAAACAAUAAUCAUUUGGAUACACCUGUAGAUAUUGCUGCUCUACAAAAAGCUAUAGGGGUGACGUCCCUAAGUGAUGAGGAAUCAACUGAACUAGAGGAUGCGUAUUCCAGCAGGUCGUCUCAUCGCAGCAAGCUCGAAACACAACCCCCAUUGCCUCCACUACCUUCUGGAGCAUCAAGUGGUGGGAGCAGUAGGUCUCAAUCACCAAAGAUGCCACCCCUGCCGAGAUCAAGAGAUGGUAUAUCGCCGUCAAGGUUUAGGCAACAUUCUCCGACACUACCGGCUCUGCCAGCGAGUCCCAGUUCUCGAAGUAGAGAAGCUUCUCCAAGAAGACGUCCACCACCAAGAGGUACAUAA